AUGACUAAAAAGAGUUUUGUUUCAAUCUCAGCGGCUGUCUUUUAUGCGGUUGGUAACAUAGUGGGCCCGCAGUUCUUCCGCGACAAGCAGGCGCCUCACUAUCCUCUAGGCAUUGGCGCUAUGCUGUGCGCAUUUGCGGUUAUGAUGGCAACGGGUAUCCUAUACGCGACCAUUUGUGCCAUGGACAAUAAGCGGCGUGAUCGCAAGUAUGGCAGCAUGGACAAGGAAUGCACUCAGUCUACCACGGCUCUUAAUGUGAUCCCUGAUGACAUUGCCGACAAGAAGAAUGAGUUGUUCCGUUAUACAUAUUAA